GCGAUGAACGCGUCCAUGGAUGGCGUGAUCGAAGCCAUGCCCGUGUUCGCCAAGGAGCUGAUCGCUGGCGGUGUCGCUGGCGGCGUCGCCAAGACUGUCGUGGCGCCUCUCGAGCGCGUCAAGAUCUUGUUUCAGUAUUCAUUUAGACCAGAAGAGCAGAAUUUCAGAGCAUAGGGCUGUUUGGAUCUAUUAGAAAGAUUGCAAAGACAGAGGGGCUUUUGGGUUUCUACAGAGGAAACGGUGCAAGUGUUGCUCGAAUAGUACCAUAUGCAGCACUUCACUAUAUGACCUAUGAGGAAUACAGAAGGUGGAUCAUUCGUUGGUUUCCAGAUGUUGGAAGAGGCCCUGUGCUUGAUCUUGUGGCAGGAUCAUUUGCUGGGGGAACUGCUGUACUUUUCACCUAUCCUCUAGAUUUGGUUCGGACUAAAUUGGCUUAUCAGGUUGUUGGUUCAUCAAACUCUUCUGUAAAAGGAGUGCUUGGGGCUGAACAAGUCUACAGAGGAAUCCUGGAUUGUUUUUCAAAGACAUUUAAAGAAGCUGGGAUUAGAGGACUCUAUCGCGGUGUUGCACCAUCACUCUACGGAAUCUUCCCUUAUGCGGGUUUGAAGUUUUACUUCUAUGAGGAGAUGAAACUCCACGUCCCUGAGGAAAACAAAAAAGAUAUCGCAGUGAAGCUUGUCUGUGGAUCCGUUGCCGGUUUAUUGGGUCAGACAUUUACUUACCCGCUUGAUGUUGUGAGGAGACAAAUGCAGGUUCAACGGCUCAUGGCAUCUAACAGUGCAGAACUUAAGGGAACAAUGGAAACCCUUGUCAUGAUUGCCAAGAGGCAAGGAUGGAAGCAGUUAUUUUCAGGAUUGAGCAUCAACUACAUGAAGGUUGUACCGUCAGUAGCUAUCGGGUUUACUGUGUAUGAUGUCAUGAAGUCAAACCUAAGAGUCCCAUCACGAGAUGAGGCUGUGAUUGGAGUAGAGUUGAACGAACAGAGUAGUCAUACAUCUUCAUUGCACUCAUGAGGACGCUGAUCGCUAACAUUAGGAGGCAAUCAGGGGACUCCAUUUUGCAUCUGGCUUUUGACUCUGUUUGAAUCAUUUGUACCAUCAGGUCAUUUGUUGUAUAUUUCAUUUUCCCUCGGACAUUUUAUGAUGCUCCUAGCUGCAGCAUCCAAAAGGACAUUGUUCGAGGUCCAUUAUUGAAGGAAUUAGCCAAUAAGGUAUCACAUGGCAUUCUUUAGAAUUCAGAUGGUUUAACCAUCCAGAUUUCCUGUAUACUGGGAUAGGAUUGACAUGCAAGUCGUACAUACGUAAGGUGUAACCAUCCGGACAUCCUAUGUGCUUGUAUAAAGCACCAGAAUCUGUUCUGC